CUCUCUCUGCAGCCACAGGUUGCUCACCUGUGUGCUGGAGCGCUCAUUCCCAGGAGCGCGCGAGCAGCGUGCAGCAGCCAGCAGCGGAGGGCGCGCGCUGCCAUUCCGACACAUCACCCCCCCAACACACACACACACACACACACACACAGUGAGACGGAGCGAAGCGCACGCGACUGCACCUCCAGAUAUUAACCGUUAAAGCUCCGCCCCCGCAGGACAACACCGACGUUUGUGUGACAGGUCGCGGCUCCCGACGCACCGCGGGCGGCAGCAGGGAAGGACCGUCGGUCGGUGAAGUGCAGCCGUCAGCGCCACGUCGACUAAAACAAACAAAGUAAAGCUUUAACAGGUGUUUCUCUUUUCUCUGUCGGUUCUGAACCGGAGUUUUUUGUUUUUUUGUUUUACCGCCGUGAGCCAUGCUGGACCCGUCCUCCAGCGAGGACACCGGCGGGGAGUCCGACCCAGAAGUUGUCCAGGAGGCUCCGAGGAAAACGGCUGCCUCCUCGGCCGGGAAACGGGGGAACAACAGCCGGGCGGGCGGCCAGCAGCGGCAGUCCGCCGCACCUGGAGGCGCCCCCGGCAAAGGUGCCAAAGAAAGCGACGCUACAGGUGAAGAGGAGGAGAGGAAGGAGCGCGAGCGGCUCCAGAAGGAGGAGGAGGAGAGGAAGAUUAAACUUCAGAUCUAUGUGUUCGUCCUGCGGUGCAUAGCCUACCCGUUCAACGCCAAGCAGCCCACCGACAUGGCCCGGCGGCAGCAGAAGGUGAACAAGCAGCAGCUGCAGGCGGUGAAGGAACGUUUCCUGGCUUUUCUCAACGGGGAAACUCAGAUCGUGGCGGACGAGGCUUUCUGCAACGCUGUGAGGAGCUACUACGAGGGCUUCCUGAAGAGCGAGCGUGUUUCCCGGAUGGUUCAGAGCGGCGGCUGCUCGGCCAACGACUUCCGCGAGGUCUUCAAGAAGAACAUCGAGCGGCGAGUCCGAAGCCUCCCGGAGAUCGACGGCCUGAGCAAAGAAACGGUCCUGAGCUCCUGGAUCGCCAAGUACGACGCCAUCUACAGGGGAGACGAGGACAUGCGGCGCCAGCCGCAGCGGGCGCACCUGAGCGCCGUGUCGGAGCUCAUCCUCAGCAAGGAGCAGCUGUACGAGAUGUUCCAGCAGAUCCUCGGCGUCCGCAAGUUCGAGCACCAGCUGCUGUACAACGCCUGUCAGCUGGACAACGUUGACGAGCAGGCGGCUCAGAUCCGCAGAGAGCUGGACGGGAGGUUACAGCUGGCCGAGAAGAUUUCCAGGGAGAGGAGAUACCCGAAGUUCGUCUCUGCCGAGAUGGAGCCUCUUUUUGUGGAGGAGCUGCGUUCGUCGGUCAACCUGCUCAUGGCGAACCUGGAGAGUCUGCCAGUGUCCAAAGGAGGUCCGGACUUCAAACAGAAGCUCAAACGCUCCUCCAUGAACAACUCCUUCCUGGACAUGGGAGACGAGGGAGACAUCCUGUCCAAGUCAGACGUGGUGCUGUCCUUCACUCUGGAGAUUGUGAUCGUGGAGGUCCAGGGUCUGAAGUCUGUGGCUCCAAACCGGAUCGUUUACUGCACCAUGGAGGUGGAGGGAGGAGAGAAGCUGCAGACGGACCAGGCUGAAGCCUCCAGACCACAGUGGGGGACUCAGGGGGACUUCACCACGACUCACCCGCUGCCCUCCGUCAAGGUGAAGCUGUUCACAGAGAGCACCGGGGUUCUGGCUCUGGAGGACAAGGAGCUGGGCCGGGUGGUUCUGAAUCCAACCACAAACGGGCCGAAGCAGGCCGAGUUCCACCGCAUGGUCGUCCCCAAGAACAGCCAGGACACGGAGCUGAAGAUCAAACUGGCCGUCCGCAUGGACAAACCCCCCAACAUGAAGCACAGCGGGCACCUGUACGCUCUCGGACAGAGAGUCUGGAAACGCUGGAAAAAAAGAUAUUUCGUCCUCGUUCAGGUGAGUCAGUACACGUUUGCCAUGUGCAGCUACAGAGAGAAGAAGGCGGAGCCUCAGGAGCUGAUGCAGCUGGAGGGCUACACGGUGGAUUACUGCGACCCUCAGCCAGGUCUGCAGGGCGGCCGCGUGUUUUUUAACGCGGUGAAGGAGGGCGACCUGGUGAUGUUUGCCUGUGACGACGAGCAGGACCGGAUGCUGUGGGUCCAGGCCAUGUACCGAGCCACCGGACAGUCCUACAAACCGGUCCCGCCGCCGCAGAACAAAAACAUGAACUGCAGAGGAGGAAUCCAGAAACCAGCGUCGCCCAUCAGUCUGGAUCCGUCGCAGCGUCAGGGGGUGGAGGAGCUGAUCUCCGCGGCUCCGAGUCGCUUCGACCACGCCGCCCUGUUCGCCAUUUUGCAGCGGAGCACUCUGCAGCACCGCAUGAACGACUCCUUCUCCUGCCUGGGUUGGUUCAGUCCCGGUCAGGUGUUCGUCCUGGACGAGUACUGCGCUCGAUACGGCGUCCGAGGCUGCCACCGUCACCUGAGCUACCUGAAGGAUCUGAUGGAUUAUUCAGAGAACAACGUGCUGGUCGACCCCACGCUGCUGCACUACAGCUACGCCUUCUGCGCCUCGCACGUCCACGGAAACAGGCCUGACGGGAUGGGGACGGUGAGCGUGGAGGAGAAGGAGAACUUUGAGGCCAUCAGGAGUCGACUGAUGGCUCUGCUGGAGAACCAGAUCACACAUUUUAGGUACUGCUUUCCCUUCGGACGACCAGAUGGGGCCCUGAAGGCGACGCUGUCCCUGCAGGAGCGGGUUCUGAUGAAGGACAUCACCACCCCCGUUCCUCCAGAGGAGAUGAAGAAAGUGGUGCAGAAGUGUCUGGAGAAAGCGGCUCGGAUCAACUACGGUCAGCUGAUCGACUACGCUCAGAUCAAAGUGGACACUCAGGCGCCUCCGGAGAAACGGCUGGAGGACAUGAUGCGACUGGGAGAGCUCUGCAUCGAGGUCCUGCAGCAGAACGACGAACAUCACUCGGAGGGAAGAGAGGCUUUCUCGUGGUGGCCGGAGCUGAUGGCCGAACACGCCGAGACGUUUCUGUCGCUGUACCGAGCCGACAUGGACGGCGCUCUGCAGGUCCAGCCCGUCGACUCGUGGGACAGCUUCCCGCUGUUCCAGCUCCACAACAACUUCCUGCGGACCGACCCUCACCUGUGCAAUGGGACGUUCCACAAACACCUUCAGGACCUCUACGUCCCCCUGGUGGUGCGCUACAUCGACCUGAUGGAGUCAUCCAUCGCUCAGUCCAUCCACCGCGGCUUCGAGCAGGAGACCUGGCAGUCAGUCAAGUCGUUAACUAACAAUCUAGCGAGCGUUCCUCUUCCCAAAGUCCCCAGCCUCCCUCUCACGCUGCCUCAGAUGCCCAGCUUCUCGGCGCCGGCGUGGAUGGGACCGCUGUGUGAGAACACCUUGCAAGGAAUAAAUCUGCCCGACAUCUUUAACGGCUCGGCCACCUCCGAGGAUUUGUUCUGGAAGCUGGAUGCUCUGCAGAUGUUCGUGCUGGACCUCCACUGGCCGGAGCCCGAGUUCGCCAAACAUCUGGAGCAGAGACUCAAACUGAUGGCCAGCGACAUGAUGGAGGCCUGCGUCAAGAGAACAAAAUCUGCAUUCGAUUCCAAAAUGCAGAAAGCGAGUAAGUCGACGGACUUCAGGGUGCCGCUGUCAGUCUGCACCAUGUUCAACGUGCUGAUGGACGCCAAGAAGCAGUGCUCCAAACUCUGCGUGCUGGACACCGGGCAGGAGAUUGACAAACAAUGGCAACAGUACCACUCCAAAAUAGAUGUUCUGAUUGACGAGGCGUUCAAAGACAUGAUUUCUUCCCUCGUUUCAAAGUUUGCCGCUGUUUUAGACGGCGUCCUCUCGAAGCUCUCCAGAUACGACGAAGGCACAUUCUUCUCUUCGAUCCUCUCUUUCACAGUGAAAGCAGCUGCCAAAUAUGUGGAAGUCCCCAAACCGGGGAUGGAUCUGGCCGACACCUACAUCACCUUCGUACGGCAGAACCAGGACAUCCUCCGAGACCGCGUCAACGACGAGCUCUACGUCGAGAAGGUGUUCGACCAAUGGUACACCGGCUCCACCAAGGCGGUGUGCGUCUGGCUGACGGACAGAUUGGACCUGCAGCUCCACAUGUACCAGCUGAAAACACUCAUCAAAAUCGUGAAGAAGACCUACCGUGACUUCCGGCUGCAGGGCGUCCUGGACGGCACGCUGAACAACAAGAGCUACGAGACCAUCUACAACCGUCUGACGGUGGAGGAAGCCACAGCCGCCGUCAAGGCCGGAGACGGCCUGCAGGGCAUCAGCAUGAGAGACAGCGACGAGGAGGACGACUGAACACACACAUCGAACCUUCACCCACCGACACUACUCGAUUAUCAUCCUCUCCGACAGAUCAGGACCGUCGGUCACAAUGAUAUGAGUCCUCUGCUGAACUCUGAGUGCGUCUCAUUAAAAUCUUAAUUCUAGGCUCAAACUCAACAAAUAUAAUCUAAUAUCAGGCUCGCUGAGAAUACAGAAGUAAUAGAUUACUGCUGGACCAAACAGUCGUGCUGUUUACACCAACAGGACAAGUUAUGCUAACGUUAGCUAGUGCGCCAAGUUGUGGGUGUUAGACUGGUUUUAAUCUGAAACUGAAGUCAGCAAGUAUUUUUAAAUUCCCAUGUGGGAGAAUGAGCAGAAACAUUAACAUAUUUAAAUAUUAACAUUUUUAUGUCAGCAGGGACAGUUAACGCAAACAUUAGGUAGGCUAGCAAGCUAACAACAUGUAGCUCACUCAUUAGCUACAGAUCUACAGAUGUGUUUCAACAAGAAAUAUAAUCUAAAUAUUAACUGAAACAGAGUUGACUAGUACAGUUGAACCAUAACAAACACAAAUGGAUACCUGGCCUCGUGUUAUCACCUGCAGGAAAAGUUAUGCUAACAUUAGCUAGCAAGCAGGGAUGUGACUGUGUUGUCUCAUAUUUUAAGAGGAAAUAAAACAGAAAACAGAGCAUACUGUGCUAAUGUUAGCUUGCUUCACUCGGCCACAGUCGAGAAUGAAAUUUUAUAGAUUUUAAAAACUGUAUCAUUAUCCGUUACGUUAUCCGAUUUACGUUAGCUUAAUAGAUAACAUAAUCUUGCUAGUAUAUUACUUAAGACAGCCGUCACUACCUACAGUUCAGUGAUAAUGGACAAUGUGUGACGAGAUGUUUUUUAUCAUUAGAAGUAAACCAAUAAUCACUUAUUAGUUACAGUAAUAAUAGAAAGUAUAUCAAAUUUAUUUAACAAGCGUACGUACACUUUGUCAGAUCACUGUAAGAAAAGAAAACAUCAGAUUUAUACAGGUUGCGGACUUUAUCCUCGCUCUAAAAACAAUAUUAUAGUCCUCUAUUCUCCAGAACAAGAUCACACCGUGGUCGUGCAGAGAGCUGUUGAGGCCACGUAUCAUUUCCGGUGACUGGAGGUCCUGAUCGGUGAAGGAUGGACGCCAGGUAGCGACACCCACCCUCUCCUCCUCCUCCUCCUCCUCCUCCUCACACCCGGCCUGUCACAUCCUCAUAGUCUGGACGCUGCCGUGCGAACACGUCCACGAGUGAGAAUGUACGACAAAACAGGAAGUCAAGGUGAGGCGAGGCACCUGAAGGACGUGGUGCCGAGACAAACCUCGUCCUCCCUCUCUCACCUGCAGGACAGGAAGCCCCGCCCUCCUCCUCGUGCAGCCAUACUCUAAUUGAUGUCACUUUGUACAGUCGAGCUCAGCGUUCCGCCCACAGCGCAGCGCUUUCCUGUUUUCUUUUCAUCCAGUUGUAGCUUGUUGUUCAAAAAACGCCGAAGGCUGCGGCAGCGCUGAAGCCCCGAGAGUCCGAGCGAGCCGCGACACGAUACUGCCGACGGCAACAGCAGUGAAAUCAAUCAGAAGAUUUAUUUUUAUUCACGGGAAGCUUGGAAUUGUAAGGUUCUGUUUUAAUCAUUCAGGUUAUCCCUUCAUGUCUUUGUGACUUGUUGAUAUGGUUUGAUUUUGUUGAAUAGCCAACGUACAGUUGAAUGUUGGACUCGUUUACAUCCAACGCCAAAGUUUCAGUACCGAUGUGUCUUUUAUGUCAGUAAAGUCGAGACUGAUUCUCCUCGUCGCAGACUGAACGUCUGCGUUCAUCAACCGUCACGUCAGCUAGUGUUUUUCAGUCGCCUAAUCCGACGUUAAAAGCUGAUUAUUGUUUUAUUACCCUUCAUGUCUUUAUGGUUGACAGUAUACAGAUAUCUACGUGUGAAUAUUUUUAAGAUGCCGAUUAAAAACCCAGAUUAUAUUCUCCAUCUUUUGCUCUCCAAUUGGCCAAUACAACGUAGACUUACGUAGGUCCCUUGCCUCCAGAUUUUGAAUUCACAUGCAGAUACCUGUUUGAAGAGAUGAACCCACCAAGUUUACAUCUGAGAUCUGAAGUCGGAGUGACGUCUGGUAAAAGAAGUGAGACAAGUCUGGAAAUGCAGAAGCUGUCAGAUGAAUCAGACUGAAAAUAAACCAACAUGUUAUGCAGAUGAUCUGAUCCACUUUGUUUGGAAAGUGAAUGCACCCGCUCAUGUUUGGUAACUAAACAAUGGACGUGAAAGUGAUUUUUGUUUUCCGCUCUGACCGGUGUGUUAGAUCGGCGAACUUCCAAUAACUUUAUUUGGGGGUUUUGCAGAAUUGUCGGUUCAGUGUUGAGCCUUCGGAACAAUAACACAAAGUAAAUGAUGUCUUAAUGUUUGAUGUUCGGUGUCUCACGUCUGUAGUUAGAGCUCUUACAACUCCAAGCUGAUAAAACGUUGCUGUAGUCCCUCAAUCUGAACCUGCUGUAGCUCGAAAUGUCCCCGCUGCCAAACGACAACUGGUGGCCUCAGGUGCAAAAAUUAAAAAGAAUAAAGUAUCUCAACAAACAACCACGCGAAGGUCUUAAAAAGUGUUGAAGCUGCAUUGAAACUCUCUGAGUUGAGGGAGUAAAUGUUCAGAAGUACACGUCGAUGUCGUUGCAGAUCUGCAGUCAUCUCUGUUCAUUGUGAUUUUUACUGUCGUGAAGAAUAAUAUUGAGCUGUAGAGUGAUAUGGUCGUACUGCCUGAUGUGCAUCAUAUCCAACGCCGAUCAAAGUCUUAGAAAACGUGCCAACCAACUGGAACAUUGUGGACUCUUUUUUUUUUGUUCUUUUCUCAACAGGAGCAUCCUCGGAUCUGUUUUUAAUCUGAUCGAUGUGUUUAAUCUGAUCGGCAGCGCGCGGACGAGUCGUCUCGUCGCUGCCGUUCGUUUGUUCACUUCCGUCUGUUUUUGCGUGUCGUCGGUGAGAAAAUACGAGUUUUACCUGUGAAUUCAGUGUUUUGGCCUCAAAGCGACUGUGUGCAACAACCUGCUGUUUGUUUUUAACCGUCCGAUCCAGUUUGUGUCAGUGCAGUUCAAAGGCCAAAAACUAAACGGACAAAAAUCUAUAUGAAGAAGUAUAUUUAUAUCGUCUGAUUGUGCACCUGUUUUGCUCAGGUGUCUUAUUAAGUGUCACGAUUAAAAGUGUUUUUAAAGCA